AUAUUUGCAAACAGAAAUUGCAAAAAGAUAAAGAAAAAAACUAAGUACUAGAUCAAUAUUGAUCUAGAUAGCCCCAUCUAAUAUUUACUUUAAUAUCUUCCAUAGUUGCAGUAUCAUAUAAAAGACGUUUUUACGUGUAAUUGCAUUAGUUUAUCUUCAGUUCUACAUAACAUUACCGAAAUAACAAGAUGAAGUCGUCAGUUACUUUAGUACUCGCUGUGGCGGUGUUCAGCACACUAUUCUUGGGAUCUUCCGGUGCUUCAGUAGGCGCUGGUCUAAAAUUAGACCUUGGAAUCAUAGACAAACUACUCGAAGGAAUUGAUGGUAUCCUUGGUAACCUCAUCAAAGGUGUCGCAGGAGUGGUUGACAAAGUUGGAGACACUACUAACGGCGCCUUAAAUGGUGUAAAUGAUCUUUUGAAAAAUGCCACUGGUGAAACUGCAGAUCUCCUGAAUGAAACUAAAGACGUUCUAAGUAAAAUACCAGCGCUUGUAAACGAAACAUCAGCAGCUCUUUCAGAAGCAAUCAAAAGCAAUACUACUGAAGCUUGGAAUAAAGUAAACGAUUGGGUCAAGAAAAUUACUAGCACUGUUGAUGAACUCCAGCAACUGCAAGUGAAAAUUGAAGCAAAUGCAAACCUUGGAAUUCUUGGCAAAGAAAUAGGUUCUGUUGUUUCCGGGUUGACUGAAUUGUCGAGUAAAAUAGUGAACGUCCAGGCUUCAGUCUCUGGUGGAAAAACCGCUUAAGAUACAAGUAAGGUACCAAGGAACUCAAAUGCAUUGCACACAACACGACCCUUCGAUGCCCCAAACGCAGACGUCCGAAAAAUGUGCCGAUUUGACGAAAGUCGAUGAACAUAGAACACUACCUACUAAUGUCCCACAAAAAACGUCCUUACAAAAAUCUAAGAACUCUAGAAAUAUCAGAUUUUUAAACGGAGAGGUAUAAAAUACAAACGCUAAAGACGAGAACGUGUCUAAUUCUGUUUGUAUUCUUCUCUAAACUAAAAUGACGUUUAAAUGUAUUGCUAUCCCUUGCAUAAUGCUUCCUAAGGAAAAAGAUAGCAGUAUAUGGAAUCGGAGUAAAAUCGGACACCGGUCCUAAAUCAAAUCGCAUAUAAUCGUGCGUCUGCGUUAACCAAGCCUAUUAUAAGGUAAAUAAAUUAAGUACAUUGCAAACUUUA